CGGCGAUGGGCCCUCGGAAGGCCGGGCAGGGCAGGGCAGGGCAGCACCUGCUCGGGGGCCGGCCGGCGGCAGGACGGAGGCGGCCGGGGAGGAGAGGGCGGGCCCGGCUGCUCCCGGCAGCAGCUGUGGGGCGGGCCGGAGCUCUGCGCUCCCUUCAGGAAGUUGUCUUAGAAAGAAAGAAUACAUGUAAGAAACAAGAUGCCUCAUUCCGGGAGACGAUACCAAGAUAAGCAAUACAGGCACCAUGAGGACCAUGGAUCUGAUAGAUACGAGGAAGACAGAAGAGCGAGAAAACCAUACCCCUACAAUACAAGACCAACAGAAGACAUCCGAGGUGGGCAGCACUCCAGGACUUCCACUGUUCACUCAGACCCUUACUCUAAAACCUCAGGAACAGCACGGGAAUAUUUUGACCCACCACCAGAACGUUAUCCUCCCAAGGAAACCUUCUCAAUGAAGUGUUCAAAGGUAUGCACAACAAGAGGCAUUUUGAAGUUUGUGGAGAUCACAGUGAACCUGCUGGUGCUGAUUUGUGUGGGUGCCGCGCAAGCCUCUGUUGCAGGCUUCACCUCCCUUGGUGGCUUCGGCACCGGGUCCUUCAGCCUGAAUUCGGCGUACAGCCCCUUUGAGGGCACGGAGCUGCGGGAGGUGAGGGAGCUGGACAUGCAGUUCACCCAGAUGAGAGCCCCUUGCGUGUAUGGCGGCGUAGCCUUCAGCCUGACGGCGGCAGCGCUCACCCUCGUCUUCCUUGUGGUGGGGGCCAAGCCCAUCCAGCAGCUCAGGGUGGGGCUGCUGGUGGGCGAAUGCGCCUUCAACCUGCUGGCCGGCGUGGCGUACGUGGCGGUGGUCGGGCUCUACCUCCACGUGGUCAGCCAGGUGAACUCCACGGACGUCUGCAAACGGCGGGAGAGGCUGUACGCGCGCCGUGGCUACACCUCCAUGAACUGCGUGGUCCAGGGCGGUGAUGCGGCUGUCGGCCUUUUUGGCGUGGCUGCUGCCUGUCUGUACUUUGCCAGCUUUGUGGUCUGCGUCCUCGCUAUUCGAACCGUCCGGGCCUGCCAGAGCCACGCGGCCGCGGCUCUGCACAGCCCCAAAAGCAACGUUAGAGACAAAAGCAUGCGAAACCACCAUACUGUCCACAGGACCUCCGAAAGCUCCCACAACGUCCAGGCUCUUGCCACGUUAGUGUGAAGUCGGCUCUGGGGCUGUGCCAGAGAGAUUGGAGCUUCAGCAAGGGACAUACACUGGACUUCACAUGCUAAAUGAGCCACCAGCACAAUGUGUGGUCCCACAAGGUGCUGAAGUGUUUAUCACCAAAUGUAACAAUACUGCUAUACCACGAAGUAAUAAAAUUGACAUGGAGAGAAAGUUUUAACAAGUUUUUUUUGCAUCAGUCUCUUAAGCUGGACUCUUGCAUUUAUAACGUGUUUGAUUGUAAUGUUUUCAUCCUGCACAGGGCAAAUCCAGACAUCCAUGGGCUGUUAACAGGUGCAACCACAGUGCUGCCGAACAGCCCGUUCCUUUCCUCUCCCAUGACAGAAGGAACUGAACACAGAGCUGGGACGGGCAGGCAGCUCUGCCCAGCAGCCUUGCACAGAUCCUGCACCUGUGGGUCCAUCCUGUUGCCUCACGCCACACCGCUCACAAAGCAAAGGAUGCCCGAGCGUUUUUCUGAAUCACAACCAAAGCUACACUUGUGACCCGUUCUGCUUGGGCUACUGGACUGUUUUAUCUUUCUGAGUCACGGGGGCUGACACAUGCCGAUCAUGUGCUCCCCGAGGAAUGCUGCUGGGAGGAAUGAGCUGCAAUUUCAAAGGCAGCAUCUGGGUCCUCCUGCAGUUCCCUGCCGCAUUUUCCCCAUCUCACCGAGCACAGGUCAGAACCUGAGAGGCAGCACACCGGUCAGCUAUCAGCUCAGUGAAGAUACUGCUUGCUUCUGUAACCACCUAAACAAGUUUUGGCUUGCUGACUCCACAGCCAGCAGAGCCUGAGUCGGGAACAUGCUGGCUGCCUUGGAGUUUUCCAUGGGAAUGCUGUAACAAUGACAGAAACUACAUGUGUCUUUCCAAUAUCUAAACACACAAAGCACGAGUGAACAGCAGUAAUUGUAUGCCCCCAGGGCUGAGAAAAUAAAUUUAAGAGAACAUCU